GCCCAGUGCGGCCGCGCCUUCAGCCACCGCUCCAACCUCAACAAACACCAGAGGCGGCACCGCGCCGCGCCCUGACCCCGGGAUGCCCGAGCCGCACGUCGUGAGCGGGGCGACCGUCGCAGGCCCCUCGCGUGGGCUCCGCGUGAUUGUAGCACAGGGUCGGCGACGAUGGGUGCGUCGGAUUGCGGCUGGAGACACUCCCUAGGACAGCAGGCCCAGUGGGGACCCGGGCCCGGCUGAGGACACGUGCGGUUAAGAGGUGGUUCGUGGUCCUGAGCGGGGUGCAUCCCUGCAGAGAGAGGUUCAAGUGGUGGCCGACUGACCAGGAUGUCCUUAGGAAUGAGUGAUGGGCAGUUGACCCAAAAGCUGUUUGACCUAUGUGACACAUUAUCCAGAUGUCACGAUAAGAGGCUGUGUCACCCAGAUUCCAAUCUGAGGUCGUCCCCACAUGCAGUGCCCUGGGCGAAGGGAGAUCCAUCCUUCUUAAGGACCAGCCACAAGGAUAGACGCAUCUUCCUCAAAAGGCCCGCACCAUAUUCCUGGGAUCAGGGACAGAGAGAGACUGGCUCUGAGUUGAGGGUAAUCCCCAAACACUCGGUGGCCCACUGGACAAAGCAGACUCUCAUGGUGGUCAGACAAUAAAGCAAGCUCGGCUGGUCUCCCGGUGGGCACAUUACCUGUGCUCAUUACCCAUCUGGUCAUGACCCUAGUGCCCGGGUAGGUAACUGGAAGGGACAUCUGCAGCAACUGGCAGAAUCCCCAGGUGGGGUCCCCUGCCCAUAGAGUGAGGACCCUUUAGGUAGGAAAGUCCAAGCAGAGGCUCUGGAACGGCCCCCCUCUGCCCGAAUGGCAAAGCAGAAUCCACAGCAUGUCCCUAGAGGGACUGCAGAGAUCAGUGCCAUCAUCGAUGACUUAAAAGAUGCAGGGUGGCAAUUCCCCCGCAUCCCCACUCAACGCACCUGUUUGGCCUGUGCAGAAAGCGGGUGGCUCCUGGAGAGUGGCAGUGGGUUAUCGUAAUCUUACCAGGUGCUGACUCCAAUUGCCGUACCAGACAAGUCAUCUCAGCUCCUGGCACAAGUGUCACAAAAUGUCCAGGUUCAUCUGAAUCCAAGUGUCAACCCCAUUCCAAGCCUCAGAGUUUCCCUCCUUUCCAGACAAUACCCUAAUUCUCACCUACGACACUUCAUGGAUCUGUGGAUUCAAUGCCUCCCGCCUUCCAGGAAGGACAAACAGCAGUAAGAGGUCACUGUCCUGAGCCACCCCUGCCUCCCUCACAGACAGUCAUCGGGCUGGAGCGAGGCUGACCAUGUCUGUGCUGGUGGCCUUCCUGCUGCUCUGGGGUCUCUCCCUAAGCCCAGCACCAGAAGCAGCCAUAGCAAUAGAGACCCGGCCCAACCUAUGGGCAGAGGCCGAAUCGCUGCUCGAACCCUGGGCCAACGUGACGCUGAUGUGCCAGGCCCGCCUAGAGACCCUGGAUUUCCAACUGUUCAAGAAUGGGGUGUGCCAGGAACACGUGCACCUUGAUUUAGUCACCACGGAGCACCGGUUCCCGCUAGGAGCGGUGACGGGUGACACCCGGGGCCUCUACCGCUGCCGCUCUGGCAUGGACGAGAGGUGGACGGAGCUAAGCAACCUGCUGGAGGUGAACGGGGCAGAGUCCCUGCCCCCACCCCUGCUCUCUAGCGAGCCUGUGUCCUGGAUCACCCCGGGCCUGACCACCAUCCUCGUGUGCCGCGGGGGAUUUCGUGGUGUGACCUUCCUGCUAAGGCGGGAAGGCGAUGACCAGUUUCUGGAGGUGGCUGAGGCCCCCGAGGACGUGCAGGCCACCUUCCCUGUCCAACGGGCUGGCAACUACAGCUGCAGCUACCGGACUCACGCAGCGGGUCCGCCCUCUGAGCCCAGUGCCCCUGUGGCCAUGGAGGAGCUGGCCACGCCGCCACCGCCCACGCUGAGUGUUGACGGAGAGUCGGCCCAAGUCUUCCUCGCCGGCGCGGAUAUCACCCUGGUGUGCGUGGCGCCCCUGAGCGGCGUGGAAUUCCAGCUGCGGCGCGGCGAGGAGGUGCUGCUGGUACCCAGGGCCAGCACCAGCCCCGACCGCAUCUUCUUCCAACUGAAAGCGGUGGCCUCCAAGGACGGCGGCCUCUACACCUGCCGCUACCGCUUGGGAAACGAGCGCACGGCUUGGCCCUGGUCUGCGGACAGCGAGCCCGCCGAGCUGCUGCUGAGCGACGGUGAGCCUGGCGCCUCGUCCCUGGGGAGGGGGAGAUACCAGGGAACGUUCAGGGACUGCGGGGCUCUGGGUCAGGUCCCAGUCCCGGCGCAUGCGCCCGGCCUCAGUUUCCCGAGCCCCGAGGGCGCCGAGGCCCGCUUCGAGCUGCGCGACGUCUCGCUGCUGGACUCGGCCAACUACAGCUGCGUCUACGCGGACACCGCGCCGCCCUUCGAGGGCUCAGCGCCCAGCGCGCGCCUGGAGCUGCGCGUGGACGGGCCGCUCCCCAGGCCACAGCUCUUGCCCCUGUGGAGGGGAGCAGUGAGUCCGGGCCACGAUGCCGUCCUGCGCUGUGAGAGCCACGUGCCCCAGGUCACCUUUGAGCUGCGGCGGGCGGGCGAAACGGUGGCGACAGUGCACAGGGCGGACCACUCGUCAGCGGACCUGGUGUUGACCUACGUGGGGCCCCAGCACGCUGGCAACUACAGUUGCCGCUACCGCUCCUGGUGGCCCAGGCCCUUCCUGUCUGAGCUCAGCAACCCGGUGGAGCUGCAGGUGGCAGGAAGCUGAUCCAGCUCCUGAGGGUGUCCUGGGGAAGUACUCUUGUUUGGCUCUGAUCCUUCCUGCUGCAGUUGGAGGCUGGACUCCCCGUAGGAGGCUAUCCCUAAUUCCUCCUAAGAAUCAAUAAAUGUGAUGAG